CACCUUUAAAACAUGCCGUACUCUCUAUUCAUUGUGUUUUUCCAAGCUUUUAAGUAAACACUAUUCCACAGUCUCUCAUCUCAUUUUUCAACCUCUGCUUUCUGCGGCAGUCUAUAUUUUUUCAGUCUUGCUCACAGUUUCUCAUUGCUCUUUUAGUUGGUUCUAUAACUUGUGCCCUCCCCUUUUUUCUAUCUCAAUCUCUUCCUUUCCCCAUCUACAGUCUGCAUAAUCUCUCUUUCCCCCCCCCCCCUACCCUCAUCAGUUCCUUUCAUUCUUUAGUAUCUAUUCUAGUCACUCCUUAUCACAUCUGCAUUCCACAUCAUUUAUCUGACUACAAGCGGCAUGUAUUGCUGAAACCCCACGUCUCAUUGUGGUCUUUGAAACUCCCUUUCUCUGCUUCUUUAGUGUUCAUGAUCAUGGUUGUGUUCUUGGGGUCUGUAGAGGUAGGGUUAGAUGAAGAGCCACCACCACUAGUUGGGGCACCACCUGCAGUGGUGGAGCCAAGCAGCCGCUACACACACCGAUCAAUCGAGACGCUGGUGUUAGUUCUAGCAGUGAUCACGAUCGUGGGUGUCAUAGCAGGCAUCAUUGCUCGGCUGUGCGGAGGACGGCAUUUCGGUGGCAAUGGGGAAAACGACAUAGAAGGAUGGGUAGAGAGGAGGUGUAGGAGCUGCAUCGAUGGUGGAGUUCCAGCAGCAGCUCCUCCAGCAGAGGAGCCAAAACCAGCAGCAGCCCCUCCAGAGGAACCAAAACCAGCAGCAGCAGCAGAAGCAAAAAAGUGAAAAGGGCAUAGAUUUGAAAUAGAAUAUGGGUCAUCUUUAGUGAGUGUGAACAGAAACAGAGCAGGGCAGUGGUCUGAAGCAUCCAUUGUCUAAUCACAAUAUGUGAGUGGUCCUAUUCCCUAAUCAGAGAGCUUUGCCUCAACACUAUAUUGGUGCUUCAGCUGGCAUAUAUUAUUCACUAGUAUCUAGAAGUUAACGAUUGCAGUAGAAACCAAAUGAUGUGUGAUCCCUCAACAAAACUCAUCUUUGCUUUUCAGAUGAACUGGGUUUUCAUUUUUCUUCUUUCUGGAUGAAAGGUUUCAGCUUUCCGUGUGAAUGACUUAAUGUCUAGUUCCACUUAAACUAUAAUUCAUUUAUUUCGUUCACUAACAAAGAACGUCAAUUCCAA